AUCUGAGAAUUCGCAGCUUUUGCUUCUUCGAGAGAAUAUCUAAUUAUCAUCAAUCAUGUCGAAGUUUACGGGAUUUUCUUCUCUCGCUAUCUCUUAUUUUCUCUUGGUUUCAACGAUUGUCGCAGCCACCGAUGUUCACUACUGCGAUAAUAAUGAAGAGUAUGAAGUACAAGUACAAGGAGUUGAAAUAAUUCCUUAUCCUGUAGCUAGAGGCGCGCCAGCCACUUUCAGCAUUUCUGCUAACACAGACACUGAGAUCUCGAGCGGCAAGUUGGUGAUCGAAGUCUCAUACUUUGGAUGGCAUAUUCAUUCUGAGACACAUGAUCUUUGUAAAGAGACAAGUUGUCCUGUGGCGGUUGGAGAUUUCGUGAUAGAACACUCGCAAGUUCUACCCGGAUAUACUCCUCCUGUUGUAGCAAUGAAGGAUGUGAAGGAGAGAAUGGUGAAGAAACUUAAGCUUAUAACAUCUCUUGGGAACUUGAAGCAGGCGAUAGCUCUCCACAAAAGCAACCUUGAUCGCACAAUCUUUCAUCAAAUAGAUGAUAAAGAGUGUCUUACGCCAACAACACUUGAGGCUUCUGAAGAACAACAACUUCAACAGAAUCUUGAAGAGAUUUUCUCGGCUUUUGAAGAGAAAUGUGUAGCUGGAGGGGAAGAUUCUGUUGUCUUCUACAUGACAAGUCUGCAAGGAGUGAGAAAGACUUACGAAGAUUGCAGAAAAGUGAGAUUCUUGCUAGAGAAUCAUAAGGUUUCAUUCCGAGAAAGAGAUGUUUCAAUGGAUUGUGAGUUUAAAGAAGAGAUGUGGAGAUUGCUUGGGGAGAAAGUUACACCUCCUAGGCUUUUCGUAAAGUGUAAGUACAUUGGUGGAGCAGACGAAGUGGUGGCUCUGAACGAAAACGGGAAGCUUAAGAUGCUUUUAGAAGGGUUCUCAUCAGCUAAGGCGCGGCAGUGUGAGUGGUGCGAGAACGAACGGUUUUUGAUAUGUUGGAAUUGCAAUGGGAGGUCGAGAGUUGUAGCAGAGGAUGAAAUGUGGAAGAGAUGCAUAGAGUGUAAUGAGAAUGGUCUUGUGAAAUGCGCUCUUUGUACUUAAUGUAAGUGCUUAAUAAACAAAAUAUUUAUAU